AUGCAGGACGACGGCCUUCACUUUGGCCCUCGCCUAUACGACGAGGACGAGGAAUCGUCAGGAGACGAUCGGCCGGAUUCGGAGUCCUCGGCGGAGCGGAUGAAUUUUGGGAUGGAAGGAGGUGAUGUGGCCCCACACGAGCGCCUUCGAAAUGAAGAGGCCCAGAAGGCGCAGAACAGCCUGCAGCAGGCUCGCCUGAACGCGCUGGGAGACGAACUGGCGUCGACGUUGCGUCAGCUUCAGGAGGCGGCCGGGGUCGCGCAAUCGAUGGACCGUGCCCUGAAGAAUUCAAGGAAAAAAACUGUCGAGCAGCUCGUCCAGUUCGAGGGCAACUACAAGGGCGUCGACAACAUGGCGCAGCACUACCUGGAUAUGUUCGACUGCGGUGUGGCAGACUGCACACAGAAGGUGUCCACAAUCUCCAAGCAGGUCAACGACAUGGACCGGCAGCUGAAUACGGCAGACUCCCUGGUGGACACGCUGGAGACGGUGCGGGCGAUCACGCUGGCAAUGACCACCAGCAUGGAGCCGUUGGCGCAA